GCUGCAUCUCACGGGUCCCUCCCAUUCGGCGACUUGCUGGCUUGGUCGACCCAGCACCCAUCACGACAAGCAGCCAUGCAGAAUUCCAUUCCCGCUCCAGGCGCCGACCAACCAGCCACUUUUGAAACUGCCUACGUCGACGCACCGGAUGUGGCGCUCCAACCCCUAGGCCGCCGCGUGUUGACCACGGCCCAAGUCGUCGCGCUUUGCUUCUUCAGCGUGUGCGGUGGCGCAAUGGGGUCGGAGGGGAUUUUUGGGGCUGGUGGCCCGGCGCUGGGUCUAAUUGCGUUGGCGGUCUUUCCCUUUGCGUGGUGCGUUCCGAUCUCGCUCGUCCUAGCCGAACUCUGCACAAUGUACCCCGAUAAUGGCGGGUAUACGCUGUGGGUCUACCAUGCCUUCGGGCCGUUCUGGGGCUUCCAAGAAGGAUUUUGGGCUUGGUUGUCGGGCGCGAUCGACAACGCCGUGUACCCGGCGCUGGCUGUCACGGCGCUGAGCAAGUACAUUCCGCAAGUGGCCGACAACACGGUUGGCACGUGGUUUCUCAAAGGCGCGUUCGCCCUCGUGUUUGCUCUGCCCAACCUCCUUGGCGUCCAGCUCGUCGGCCGCGGCAUGGUCAUCUUGACUGCAGUCGUCACGCUUCCGUUCAUGAUUUUCUCCGUGUGGAGCUUUGCGACGGCGGAUGACUGGGGCGCGCUCGGCCAAUUCCGGUUUCGCGACACUGAGUUAUCCAACUCGACCGAGUACAUCACCACGGGCGGCCUCGCAGUUCAGUGGGAUGUUCUCAUGGGAACGAUCUUUUGGAGCUUCAACGGCUUUGCGAGCGUGUCCACAUUUGCUGGCGAGGUCGCCAACCCUGGCAAGACGUACCCCAAGGCGCUAGCGAUCACGAUCCUGUUUGUUGAACUCACCUACUUGAUCCCGUUGGUUGCCGGCGCCGUGUUCAACGAGCCGUUGUGGCAUACUUGGACAGAAAUUAGUUUCAGCGACCUUGGGCUUGCCGUUGGGGGCGACGCCCUCUUGGGCCUCAUCACCGUCGCGACCAUUGCAAGCACGUGGGGCAUGUACAGCAGCGAACUGUUCUGGGUCUCGUUUCAACUCACGGGGAUGGCCGAAGCGGGGCUAGCCCCUGCUGUCUUUGCGAAGCGAGGCAAGCGAACGGAUGUCCCGUACGUGUCCGUGGCGCUGUCCGGGGCCAUCAUCGUGGUCCUGAUGGGGUUGGAUUUCUCGGAAGUUCUCUUGAUGGCCAACGUGCUGUCCGCCAUGAGCCAAAUUCUCCUGAUUGUGUCAGGAAUCAAGCUCCGCGUGACCCAGCCGGACGUUGCCCGCCCGUACAAAGUCCCUGGUGGGCUCACAACGUUGGUGGCUAUCAGUAUUCUUCCAACCGCGGUUUGUGGGUACUUGGUCUACAACACGUUCUCGUCGGAAUCCACCAUCACCCCCGUCGUGCUUGUCCCGACUGUAAUCGUCGUCGGCUUCGUCUACGCUUGGCUGAUGAAGCUGACGGCAAAGAACUUUAUUGCACCAAAAGCAGCCGUGACCUUGUACGAGUUGGAGUAGCACCGUGUCAACAUUCAAAGUAUUUAAUGUUCAACACCACUUGUGCGUAUUGGAA